AUGGAAAGGCAGCUAUUUCGCGCCGUGUGUCUGACCCUGCUCGUCGGCGCCGUCCUGUCGUGUGUGGCGUCAGAAACAAGUGAACAGAAGACUGAGGUUGAUUUCACCGCCACCAUCCCGAAAGGGGGACUUGAGAGAGACGUGCAGCAGGUGUUUUCUCUCGGACCUUCCGGCAAGCUCCAAGUCGUCGACGAAACAGGGGAUGCUGUCUACCUUCCCCAGCCCAGCGAAGCCGCUGAUGAGCCUUCCUCGGACCCAUACAGUGCCGCAUAUCUAUUUGAGAAUGGAGCAUGCGACUUUACAAAAAUGGUCGUGUUCAAGGAAGCGUUUCCAGGGUACACAAAGCCAUUAUGGGUUUCUGACGAGACGCCUUCGGGGGAAUCGAAGAAAGCAUCCACACGAGGGAUUGUAAAAUACACGUUUACGAAUCCUCCUGCAGAGUAUGUGGGUGGACGGGUCAGUUUUUGUGUGCGGUUCAGAACAGUGCUUGCUGCGGGGUCGCAGUCAGAAACCAAUACGGGCACUGGUGGGACAUCCAGUUCACCUGGAUCGGGAAACUCUGGUGGUGCUACUAUCCCAAAUGUGCCAGACACGGAGGACGAUAAAGAUCAGAGUGUCCCCGAAAAACCGCCUCCUUCUGAAGCGGUCCCGCAUCCACCGGAGGAUGGUGAUCCAGAUGAACCUAGCGUUCUGCCGGGGCAGACAGACCACAAUUCGGUUGGCGAGUCAGUCGUAUUGCCUGACUCUCUCCGCGUUGCUCCCAGCAGAGCAGGUAUUCCAGCCCCUUCACCGGAGUCGGCUGCUCGUGACACAAACCCAAAUGUACGAGAAUAUUCUCCCUUCUCAGAGUCUAGGGAGAAGCCGACAGACGAAACGUUGCGUGUAAAAGAGGGCAGUAGUGCCAUCGUGACUCGCAUUCGGGGACACGACGGCGCUCCACCGAAGCGGUUCGAUGAGACGCCUGCAGUAGAAGAAGCUUACUUGACUGUUGUCGUACACUCCGCGGCCUGGAGCUCUGCAGCUGGAAUGGGGGGAUUACCGGCUGUUUUUCUCACUGUGGUAGCCGCACUAUUGCAGGUUUCCUAG